AUGAAGGUCCUCCUUCUGCUCCUUCUCUCCUCUCUCCAAGGGCUGGGAGCCAGCAGCCGCCGGGAAGAGGAUUUCCGCUUCUGUGGUGACCGAAACCAGACCCAGAACAGCUCCGUCAUCUACGAGCAUGGCCCUCCCACCAUCUCCAUUGAGAACAUGGCACAGGCGCUCAUUAUCAAAAGGCCAUUUUUGCCAAAGAGGAGAAAUUCUUACUACAAGUACAGCUUACCACCGGCUUUGGGCAGGUACCGCUUCUGCAUCUACUGGUUCAAGGCCAACAGGACGCUGAGGCUGGUGUAUGGGAAGCAGAACUUCCUCCUGGGUGGGGACCCGUCCAGCAGCAUCACCCGGGGGAAGGAGAGCCAGAAGACCGAACGGACCCGCACCUCCAUCUUCAACGUGUCCUACGUCUACAAGGGUGGGAAGAACACCUCCCUUGACAGUGCACCUGAAUAUUUCCUCGAAUUUCCAGAGAGCGUGUCCAUCUGGGAGCAAGAUGUGGAGCAGCAGCUCGUCACCUUGGACAGCCUCAUCGCCCAGCCCCCGGCACCGGCCGCAGGAGCCACGGAGCAGCAGCUGCUCAACAGCAAACUGGGGGAGCUGGAGAAGAUGCUGGCCAAGGUGGAGCUCGAAGGGCAGAACCAGACUUUUGGGAAGGCCACUGUUCACGCAACUGUCCUGAGAGUGCAGCCUGCUUGGGCUCCUCAGCACCUGGCCUUUGCUUCCCAAAGAGAGGAGGACAGAGAGGUCCGUGGGUUCACAGUGGACCUGCCGAGCAGCCUGUUUGAGAUGGCAAAGGAGAAGGAGGAGGUGGUGGAGCACAGGGUGCUCGUCAUGGACAUCAACAGCCAGACCAUGUUCCAGGAUGAAAACAGCAGCCGUGUCCUGGGUGACAAGGUGGUUGGCAUCUCCCUCGUGGACACAGUGGUGGCCAACCUCUCUGACCCGGUGGUCCUCACUUUCUUCCAUGACCAGCUGCCAAGGAACGUGACCCCCCUCUGUGUCUUCUGGCAGGAGAACACCAAUGCUGGCUCUGGGAGCUGGGACAGCUACGGUUGUACGACAGCACCGGGGGGCACCCGGACAGACUGCAGAUGCAACCACCUCACCUACUUUGCCGUGCUGAUGGUAUCCUCCCCAGAGAUCACCUACAUGCACAGGGAUUAUCUGAGCAUCAUCACCUACAUCGGCUGCCUGAUCUCAGCUUUGGCGUCCGUCUGCACCAUCGUCUUUCUCUACUUCAGAAGCAAGCAGCGAGACCAGAUCACGAGCAUGCACAUCCACAUGAACCUGCUGGGUGCCAUCUUCCUCCUGGACACCACCUUCCUCAUAUCUGAGCACUUGGCUUCCAGCAGCAGCGAGGCAGCCUGCAGAGCUGGGGGGCUCUUCCUCCACUUCUCUCUCCUCAGCUGUCUCACUUGGAUGGCUAUCGAGGGCUACAACCUCUACCGCCUCGUGAUCGAAGUCUUCAAUGCCUACCAUGACCAUUUCCUCCUCAAGCUCUGCCUGGUGGGCUGGGGAGUCCCCUUCUUCUGCGUGACACUGAUCUUCCUGGCUAGCUGGACGAACUACGGCCCCUUCUCCAUCCCCAUCUAUGAAUCCAUUGGUGGCAGAUCCACCAAUGCAACCAUAUGCUGGAUCACGAGCCCCCUGAUCCAUAACGUCGUGAACUUGGGUUUCUUCAGCCUGGUGUUCCUCUUUAACUCAGUCAUGCUGGGGGCCAUGGUCCGGGAGAUCCUCCGGCAGAACAAGAAGGGCCACAAACUCAAGCACAUCCUGGCCCUCUUUGGGCUAAGCAUCCUGUUGGGCAUCCCCUGGGCACUUGUCUUCUUCUCCUUCACCUCCGGCAUCUUCCGCCUCAUCUCCCUCUACAUCUUCACCAUCAUCAACUCCCUCCAAGGUUUCCUCAUCUUCCUCUGGUACUGGACCAUGGUGCUGCAGGCAAGAAAGCCCCCUGACUUGCAGAGCAGCUCCGACAACGUCAAACUGCAGCCCAACAGCACCCAGAGCCACCUCGGCUGA